GGAUUUCGCAAAUUCCUAGCCCCGCGGACGAUGUUCCACCAUACGAUAGGAGGCGUGCGCUUGCGCUGGCCUAUCCCUUCGCAUGCGCCGGGCCGGGUCGCCGGGUUGAUAGCGGUGCCUCGUGGAUGUUUGCGAGGCCGGGGCGGCUGGUGCGGUGGGUUGCGCUGUCGCUCGUCGCGGGGUGCCGGCGAUGCAGCAGCGAACGCGUUACGAGGCUGCGACGAGAGUAUCCGAACUGGGCGGGCGCCGCACGGCGAGGGAGCAGAUGUGGGCGGUGGCGGCGGGAUCUGGGUGUCUGGUCGAGCGACGUCUGCGGUGCGGGCAGUCAAAUGUCGUCUGGCUGGGGUGCCGUCAGUCGCUCCUUCGGUUCGCCAAGGCCAAGACCAGAGGUGUUUCAGUGGGUCGCAUACAAUAUGCCUUGGAGCCUCGACGAAGAACGCCUGCUUGCGCCCACGUCGUUGAAAAUGCGAAGUUCGCCUUCGUGUGCCCAAUGCGUUGUAGCAGUCUUCGCCUUCGCGCACGCGUUGCGGAUGGCUGGUUGCUGGCUGUGCAAGGCCCUCUGACGUUGGCCUCAGCUCGAAACUACUGCUGGUGCUGCCCAUCCCGCGAACAUCAUAUCAGCCAUACCCUGCGCGCUCUGAGCGCAUCCCCGCCGCACGGCCCCUGCCAACACUCCUGAUACCGUUUGACACAUUCGAUGAACCCCCAGGAGCUGUUUGACAGUCGCUAGGGCCAGAAUCCAGUAGUCUCGAGCCUAUUCCUCGAGGUAGCACUGCCGUCGUUCGCGGACGACGGUCCUUCUCAGGCGGACUUU